GUCAAUAGUUAUGGUUUGUGUCAAAAAAUUGAUGCAGUAUCUUAUUAAACGAAAUGAUUUAGAAAAUUCCUGAUAAAUUUGAGGUGGUAGUUGAUGGCUGUUGUCCUUUUCGUUCGAAAUAUUUAGUCAUGAAGUUCAAAUUUUAAUAUGUCAAAUGAAUCAGCCGGAUGGAAAAAUGCUGUUAUUCAAUCCUUUGCUGGAGGAAGUGCAGGCUUUAUCGAGGUCGCCCUGAUGCAUCCUUUGGAUCUGGUCAAAACGAGAAUGCAACUACAGAAAGGCCCAAUAAAAAAGAACGACCCGAACUACUACACCGGCAUACUGGACUGCUUUCAAAAACUGCAAAAGCAGGAGGGCACCUUGGCUUUUUGGAAGGGGCUUCUACCACCUCUCAUCGUCGAAACUCCGACCAAGUCUAUCAGAUUCACUGCGUUUCAUCAUUAUAAGAAGAUUUUCUCUAGAGGAAAGGAACCGAAUUUGUUGACCUUCAUGAUGAGCGGCUAUUGGGCAGGCAUCACAGAAUCCUUCGUGAUAUGUCCUUUCGACGUGGUCAAAGUCACGCAACAAUCAAAUAGAGGUCACAUUUCUCACACUCCAUCUUCAUGGAAAAUGGCUGGUAUGAUCAUACAAGAGGGAGGAAUUUUGGGCAAGAGAGGCAUAUACAGAGGUUUAGGUGCCACCCUGUAUCUCCACAGCGUCUUCUGCGCCGUAUAUCUGGGAGUAUUUUAUUCGGCUAGGAGUCAUAUUCAUCAGACAGGGAAUCGUUUGGCCGACACUUUCGCGACUCUAGCUCUGGGAGUAGCUACUGGAAGCUUCGCCUGUUUGUUCAACACACCCUUUGACGUGGUCAAGUCCAGGAUUCAAGCGCCCCAACCGAAGAAAGUCAAAUACAGUAAUACGUGGCAAUCUAUCUUUGCGAUCGUCAAAGAGGAAGGGUUACCGGCCUUAUAUAAAGGUCUCUCGGCAAAGGUUUUAAGGCUCGGUCCGGGAGGUGCUAUAAUGAUCAUUGUGUUCGAAUCUAUACAAGACGUGUUGACUAGGAUAUUACUGAAAUAAAAUCAAUAAAACAGUU